UGGUUGAUGGUGAAAAAAAGCUCCUAUGGGAUACAUCUAUGAGGCCAUGAAUAGAGCUAAGGAUACAAUUGUGAGAAGUUUUAAUGGAAAUGAAGAGAAGUACAAAGAAAUCUUCAACAUCAUUGAUAAGAGGUGGGAGAUUCAGCUUCAUCGGCCUUUGCAUGCAGCAGGGUACUUUUUGAACCCGGAAUUCUUCUAUGAUAAGCCAGAAAUAGAGCAUGAUGCCGAGAUUAUGAGUGAUUUGUAUAAAUGCAUCUUAAGGCUAACAAGAGACCCUGCUAAGCAAGAAAAAGUUGUGGCUGAAGUGAGUUUGUUCACAAAUGCCCAAGGACUAUUCGGGAAUGAGUUAGCUGUUAGGACAAGAAAGACUAGAGUACCAGCUGAAUGGUGGGCUGCAUAUGGAGCUUCAGCUCCAAAUUUGCAAAAGUUUGCAAUGAAAGUCCUCAACUUAACAUGCAGUGCAUCAGGUUGUGAACGGAAUUGGAGCAUCUUUGAAAAUAUUCAUAGCAAGAGGAGAAAUAGGUUAGAUCAUCAACGCUUGAAUGAUUUGGUGUACAUCAAGUAUAAUCGAGCCUUGAAGAGAAGAUACAAUGAACGUAGCACCAUUGACCCAAUUUCCUUGAAAGAUAUAGAUGAUAGCAAUGAAUGGUUGAUAGGGAGAAUGGAAGAUGAGGAUUCUCAUGGAGGUGCACAAGAUGAUUUUGUAUUUGAUGAUGACAAUUUGACAUGGGGUGAUGUUGCUAGAGCUGCUGGAGCUGAGGAGGCUAGGUUGAUACUAGAGCUAGAGCUAGAGCAAGCUCAAGCAUAA